GAUUGGUCAAAAUGUUUAUCCUAAUAUUCAGAAGGAAAUUCAAACGAAGUUAAACUUCAGCUGAGGUUUUUGGUGGCAUCCUGAUUGACAGACUGACAAAAGUCUCAGGAUGAACAGAGGACCAACAUCGUUCAUCCAUACUAUUGGGUUGGAUUCCUAUCGGUCCAUCAACCAAUAUAUGCAGACAAUUGAGGAGCAACAGGCACAGUUCCAUCAAUGGCUAGAAGACAUUGUGACAGACUGCAAAGCAGCUUUUGAAAAACCGGAUAUUAGGUUAUUGCCAAAGACACCUUCAGCUAAGAGGGGCAAGAAGAAAACCAAAAAACGUGACAGCAGUGAUGUUUUUGAACCACCAACAAAAAAAUGUUUAAGAGACAACAAUGAUAUAGAUGUAGAACUUGAAGUGGAUCAGCAAAGAAGGCAGGCAAGGCCACGUCGAGCAGCCUCCAGAACCGUGUCAAACUCUUCAGUUAAAACUGCCAAGACAAGGCAAAAGAAACAGAUUUCUGAAGAUGGCCCCCAGCUAUCUAUUAUUAAAGUUAUAGAAAAAGAGAACUCAUCACAUGUGUUCAGUGUCAGCACACCAGAAAAUGAUAGGCUCCAUGUUACGAAAGCAACUCCCAAUACAAUGCCUGCUGAAAGGUCACCCCUUCGAAAACAUGCUGUGUCAGGUCCGUGCAUGAAGAAGGCAGGGCCAGGUCAUGUAAAGGAGAAAGUGCACGUGUUUGAGGACUUGAUCGAGGUAAGCAGUCCUACGACACCAAAAAACAACAGCUGCACGACAACCCCACGAAACAACAGCUGCACGACACCUGUCACUCAAACAAAGCCACGCAUGGCUACCACAUCUGAUAUUGACAACGAGACAGAACCUGUACCAGAAACUCCAGAACAGAGUAACAGCCCUUCAGUGACCCCUGCCACUGUCAAAGGGCCAGGAAAACAUCUAGCAACAUCUGCGGAAGAAACACCAACACAUAUAAGUCAAACAACUUCAAAUAUUGCGGAAACACCUAAUACCACGCUCACUGAUUCUGCUCAUAUUGGAUCAGAAGAAAGACGACUAAGUUCACGUAGGUCAUCCGGCAGAAGGUCACGGAGGUCAUCCAAGGCCAGCUUGAGGAAAUCUUUGAAAAUGUUGGCCUCUCAAAGUAAACUGGAAGUGACAAAGCUGAGGAGCCAAUUGCAGAUUCCUGCGAUGGUGUCUACUGCAUCCUUUAACCAAGAUUCCCCAAGUACCGAUGGGUUCCUUAACGGAACACCGACCACUGAAAGGAAAAUCGUCCACACGAAACUGAAAUUGAAGAAAAAAGAGAUUGCAGUCGAGUCUCCAGCUAUUGCCGAUCAACAAAUAUCAAAGGCAACCAGUCAUUCAGAAAACAAUGGAAAUGUCCGUGCUUUUAAUCAGCAGCAUUGUGAACAAUCAGACAAAGUGCUUAAUACACCAAAAGCUAAAUGGGAUGUAGAUGAAUCCUUUGACGAGAUGGAGGUACGAUCCCUUCAGAUAGUUUAUGUUGAAGAUUCUGAUAUCGAACUCAUUUCAGAUAUUGAGGAUAAUAAAAAGAACAAUGAAGAUAGUGAUGUGUGUGAGAAAAAUAAGAACUCUAAUGCGAAGUUUGGUAGAUCAACAUUCAAUACGAGAGAUAUUUGUAAGGUGGAAAGUGAAAUUCCUCGUGAAAUGAAAGAGUCACCUUCUAGCGAAGAAGUAUCGUCAAAAAGCAUGAACUUAGAUGUGAAGCCAGUGCGUGCUAGUACACGAACCAAGCAACGUAAGAACACUGCUACAUCAUCAGUAUCUUCCAAUGACGAUUCCAGUCUCGACAGAGAUUCUGGGCUGGGAAAAGAAACGGAUGUCACGAGGAGUACACGAUCAAAGAUACGUAAACCAAAAACCACUACAAGUUCGGUGGAUGAAAGUGAUGCCGAUGAUGAGAGAAUGGGGAAUGAAGACGUUGUGCCAGUGCGGCAGAGUACACGAACUAAGCAACGGAAGCAAACAACUUCAACAGCCUCAACAACAUCAGAUUUAGGGGACAGUACCUCUGAGCCACCCAUCAGGACCAGUUCUCGUACGAAGCAGAGGAAAAACACUGCAGCCUCAUCUGUGUCUUCGGUUGAUGACGAGGUGAUGGAGGUGGACGGGGACAGUCAGAUCCGUCAGAGUACACGCUCAAAGGCACGCAAACCCAGAGUUGCACCUGUGUCUGUCAGUAGUGACGAGGGUGACGACCCGUUCCUGAUGCCUGGAGCGCCUCCGAUGCGCUCCACAAGGACGAAGACAAGGAAGCGCCAGCUGGAUGAGGACAACAGUGCGGACGAGUCCAUAUCGAAGAAAUCCUGUACAGAGUACUCCUUAUCACAGGUGGAAGAUUCAUUUGAGCAACUGGAGAGGUUAUGUAAUAGCAGUGCCGAUUUUUCAAAGAUCAAAGAAGGCUCACCAAGUGACACUGGAUCAGCAGGGAAAACACCAUUAUGUCUUUCCAAAAAACCUGCAUCAUUCGUAAACAAUUUGUCAAAGGUGAUUCCUCCUUCUGCCUUUACAACUGGCAUAGCCAAGUCCUUCAUCAAACAGAAGAUGUCGCCAGCCAAACUUACAGUAAAGGAACAGCAGGAGCUGCGUAAGAAAGAGCUGACUGAAAAGCAGAAGAAAGAUGAACAGAGACUGCAACAGAGAGAUGCCUUACUGAAAAUCAGGAUUGAGGAACAGCGCAAGAAACGAGAAGAAAGGAUGAAAAAGGCAGCCGACCAGAGACAGCUGUUACAGGAACACGACAAAGACCUGAAGAACAAAAUCCAGAGACAACGAGUGGAAAAGUUACAGCAGACAGAAAACAUGAGAGAGGAGAAAUUGAAGGAGGAGCGAGAGAAACAAAAAAUAAGAAUGAAAAAAAUGCAGGAAGCUGAAGAGAGGAGAAAACAGGAUGAAGAAGAGAGACUUAGGAAACUGAAGGAACAGGAGGAAGAAGAAAAGAGGAUCCUAGAUCUGCAGGCGAAGAAAAGGGAACAAGAACAGAAGGAAAGGCAGAGAGUGAUUUUAGAGGAGCGGCGCCGUCAGGAGGAGAGGGCCACCCAGUUGGAGCGUGAACGUCAGGCAGAACAGGAACGGCUCAAACAAACAUUAGAGGAGGAGCGACAGAAGGAAGCAGAGAGACAGCGACAGAAAGAACAGAGGGAAAAGGCUGUCGCAAUGGCUCAGGCAGAGAAAGAGAAACUGGAACUUGAGAAAAGGAAAGAACGUGAACUUCUGUUGAAAAAGAAUCUGGAAAAAAAGAAGGAAAUGGCCAAGAUACAACAGGAGAAGUGGGACAAACAGAAGGAGGAGCAGAAGAGGCAGGCUGCUGAGCUUCAGAACCUGAUCGCUAAACAUAAUGCUAGCGUUACAGGGCCAGCCCAGAUCAAGAUAAACACUCUACCUAAACCUAACUUCAACACAACUCAUAACAUGACACAGUCAACCAAUUCAGACUCGUAUGAGAUGACACCUGUAAGAAAACCGUCUUGGAACAGUGAAAAUUAUGACAUUACUGACAUGAAAUCUGACGACUCCACUGACGACGACGAAAGACCCAGAAGGAAGAUACCUGCCUGGGCUCUAGGUCCCAAUCUGAAGGCCUCUCUUAUCAACCAGCACUACCAUCCACCACAGCUGGAGGAACUGUUCGGCCCCAUUGACCCUCCAGAUCUCAACCAGUUCUUCAACAAGAAGAAGGCCCGCUUCAACAAGCGCACAAGCUCUGCCCACUGGGACUCGCCCAUCAUGAAGCCAGGAACAACCUUCCUGAAUUAACUUGUGUAUCUAAGAGAUUACCAAUGAUUUUAUGAAAUUUCAUGGAAUGUUUUCUUGACAUACGAGGCAGUAUCUGCCAGUGACAUUAACUCACUCACCCCAGAAAUUUCAUAAUGAACUAUUCCAACCUUUGAAUUGGAAGAGUUCAAAUGUGUCUUCAGGGGCGAAAGAGACUAAGAAACAAAGAAUUUGAUCUGUUUUGUCAAGUGAUACAGUGAAGACACUGCACUGCACUUUCUGAGAUUUUAAGGACAAUAUUAAAAACAUUCAACACCAUCAAUACCAGAUCCAUAUAUCUUAAUAGUAAAUGUAUGAUUCCAUAUUUAUGAUAUUUUUCUCUCUGUUGAAUAAUGGUAAUUAUUGUGUUGAUGAUUCUUUUCAAGAAUUGUAAAUGUUUGAAUCCUGUUAACAAGCUAAACAUCGCUUUGUUUAGUUAUAACCUGUGUCAAUUCAUUCUGCUUAAAAAAAAAAAAAUGAAACACCUUUCUAAUAAUCUGAUUGCCUAUUCUGGACAGCUUACAAUAGAGGUCAGGGCCAGGGGUUAUAAAAUGAUCCGAAAAUGACAGCAAUAUUCUUUGUAGUUCAGUAUUUAAGUUAUAACAUUUCUCUGAUAAAAUAAUGUAUGUAUUGAUGUAAUGUUGUUUUAAUGCAGAUGGGUGCAUUUCUAAUGAAAGUAGAUUUUGGUGCAAACAUUUUGUGUGUGCUAUUUACAGUAAUGCGAGGCCAGAUGGGAAGAUGAAAAUGUGAAUGAAAGCUGCGAGAUGCGAAAGUAGAUCAAUUGUGCCAAAUGGCUCGUAAAAUAAGCACAGAAAAAGAGGGAUUGGAAGAUAAAUUAUUAUCCCAAAAAAAUAUGUAAGUCUUAUGAUGACGGUUUUAAUAUGUUUGUCUUGAAUUUCAUCUUGUAAUGAGCCAGAUUGCUAUGUAGAUACAGCUACAAGUCCUUUGUUUGGGUCGGACAUUGGUUCAGAUAUCCAUGGUAAUAUUUAGGGAUUUGUAUUUCUAGGUGGUGAUCAUUUGUAUAAUAUUAAUGUUUGUUUUCUUGGAGGAAAUUUGAAUGUCUAUGUAAUCUAUAUUUCUGUUUAACAUGUAAAAGUAUAUAUUAUAUAUAUAUA